AUGCGCAACACACUGAUCUUUGCCGGCAAUUCAUGCCCAGUUCUCACAGGUCAAAUCUGUGAGAAUUUGGGUAUGCAGCCUGCCAGCGCCGAGCUUACGCAGUUUUCCAAUGGCGAAACGAGCGUCAGAAUUCUGACAAGUGUCCGAGAGAAGGAUGUCUUCGUUGUCCAGUCCGGCAGCCCCAGCAUCAAUGAUUCUAUCAUGGAGCUUCUCAUUAUGAUCUCAGCCUGCAAGGGCGGCUCUGCUAACAAGGUUACUGCUGUUCUGCCUUAUUUUCCCUACAGUCGCCAGUCAAAGAAGAAGUCGCAUCGAGGUGCGAUUACUGCUCGUAUGCUUGCGAACUUGUUGGGCGUUGCGGGCGUUAAGCACGUCAUCACUGUCGACCUGCAUGCGUCUCAGAUGCAAGGCUUCUUCAAGUGUCCUGUCGACAACCUGCAUGCCGAGCCUAUUCUCGCUAAAUGGAUCCGCCACAGCGUGCCUAACUGGCGCGAGGCGGUCGUGGUGUCCAAGAAUGCUGGAGGAACCAAGCGUGUGACAUCGCUUGCAGAUGCUCUGAAGCUCAACUUUGGUAUCGUCACCACAGACAGGAAGCGUGUUAGCAACAUGACGGCUAGUAUGAUCAUGAGACAUUUUGAUCAUAACGUCGAGCGCCAGCCGACGCCCUUGGAGUCGAACCGUCCCAUUCCUAAUCGCGGCCCCCCCGUGCCCGAGCGUGCAGCCGAGCCCGAGGUCACACCCAAGAGGGAAACGCCCCCUCCUCGUACCUCGAGAAUUGUAACCAACUCGCAGGGGUCUCCUACUCGAGUUGACUCCGCUCGCGCAUCCAGCAAUAACGUGGCUAAGUCGGAGGACUCAAAUGCUACCCCACCUGCGGGAUCCCCUGACGACUCAGUCAACGGUGAGACGGACUACGAUGACCAUAAGGCGUCUGAGGUUACACAGGGCCGCUUGGUUCAGGGUCGUAUUGUUGAGGACGACUAUCCUUCUCCUGAUCGAUCAGUUGUCGAAGGCAGUGUCGAAGACGAUCCGAUGACGAUGUCUCAUGCAUCGUCCUUCUUUGUUCCCGAGCCCCAGUCUCUUGGUGGAUCAGGCGAUGCUGCGGCAAGUUCUGACGAGGAAGACAAUGCGUUUGAAGACCCGGGCGCCGAGCAUCUCAUUACCUUGGUUGGAAACGUCAAGAAUCGUACUGUCUUCAUCGUGGACGAUAUGAUCGACAAGGCUGGAUCUUGGAUCGCUGCUGCUGAGACGGUGGUGAAGAAGGGCGGUGCCAAAAAGGUUUACUGCAUGGCCACCCAUGGAGUAUUCGGCGGCGAUAGUCUGGAACAGCUCCAAGCAUGCGAGUGCAUCGACCAGAUUGUUGUCACCAACAGCUUUCCCAUCGACAAGGAUAGAGCCCGCAGCAGCAGCAAGCUUGUGGUUCUUGACCUGUCAUUCCUACUGGCCGAAGCUAUUCGACGUAACCACUACGGUGAGGCUCUUUCGCCUCUCUUCCAACACUAUGGUGAUUAG